UUUGUCGCUCCAUUCACACAUGUUAUAAAACCACCCUGGGUCCAGAUGAUUUAUUACGGCCUCAGCUGAUACCAAUUUCAAUACAGAAAGGUUAUCGAGUACAUUUCAGCCUAGAAGAAGACUGGGCUUCCCGUUACGCCAUUCUUUUCUACCACGUGACCGAUGAAGGAUUUCUAACCUGCAACACAUCUCAAGGGGAUCUAAUAAAACAGAACCAGACAGAAAAUGAUGCAGUGGUGCCAGAUGAACUCUUGACCCUUGGAGCCAAUUAUUUCAUUGCUUCAUCCAACAGCACGUCACUGAAUUGUGAGUAUGGUUUGAGAUUGAAAGUUAUGGUAAAGGAUCAGAGCUGUAAAUUACCAAACUCGGAAGAAAUUUGCAGCUCCAAUGGAAACUGCGUAUCGAAUUCCACUCAGUUAACCUACAUCUGCCAGUGCUGUCCUGGUUUUGAAGGGAAAUACUGCGAGACGUACAACCCAUGCUACAAUAAUCUUUGUCAAAAUGACGGAACUUGUAUUCCAGACCCACAAAAUGAAACCAACAUCACGUGUUCGUGUACGCAAGGUUAUACUGGGGAAUACUGUGAAGAGAAAAUAACUGAUGCAUGCUGGGCAUUAAACUGUCCAAUGAAUUCAAGCUGUAUUGAGAUGACCAAUGGAAAUUACACAUGUCUCUGCUCAAACGGAUACACGGGAACCAAUUGUGAUAAUUUAUAUAGUGGCUGCCACAACAACCCCUGCAAGAACGGCAUUUGCCAAGAAAAUGGGGAAAACAGUUACAACUGCUACUGCAUUCCAGGUUACCAUGGUUACCACUGUGAAAUUCAGAUCGACGAAUGUGAAUCUAAUCCAUGCCAGCAUGGCGGAAAAUGUGAAGAUUUACUGAACGGUUUCAAAUGUCAUUGUAAAGACGGACACAAAGGAGAUUUGUGCGAGAUUAAAGUUGAUUUGUGCCAUCCCAACCCCUGCCACAACGCUACCAAAUGUAUUGAUGUUGGAGAAACUUUCAAAUGUGUCUGUAAACCGGGAUUUUCAGGACAUCGCUGUGAUCGUAAUAUUAACGAUUGUGCUUCGCAUCCUUGUUUGAACGGAGCCAUCUGCCAUGACAGAGUUAAUGGCUACCAUUGUGCUUGCACCGAUACUUUUGUUGGAACGAGAUGCCAAUUUGCAGUCGACCUCUUUGCUCCACAACCAAUGGAGAAUCAUCCGUAUUCAUUCAGAGACAGCACACGGGCCCACCACAUUCACAGUAUUUACAUCCUCGGUGGAACGCUAGGAGGAGCUUUGGUAUUUGUUCUUAUCAUCCUUGGAACAUGCUACUGUCGCUUACACAGAUCCUAUUCAAAGAUAUGGCACCGAAGACCACGUUAUAGGCGUCACAGAGAUGAAUGUACCAAGCUGACCCUUGACAUCAGCAAUUUGAACAACGCACGCCCUUCAAUCGAUGCCGUCUGGGAAGCCACAUUAUCAAGCUACCAGGAUAACGAUACCUGGCUUCCAUCCAACUCAUCUCUACCCGUAUCUACCCGUGUACCCAAUGGUGCUGUAGAGGAGACAACUAACGAAGACGUUUCACCGAAACCCUCCGCACAAAAUAACCUUAAUAGUUAUCUUAAAUUGUAAACUUCACUGGAAUUUUGUGAUUUCUCAGACAGAGAAAGAAAAUGAAAACAUAAAAGCACACAUACUCAACUAUUACGUACAUUGAUAAUGUAGACUUAUACAGUUACAUAAACACAUAUAUGUACAGACAGACACACAAACAUACACAUGUAUACACACACACACACACACAUACACACACACACACAUAUAUAUAUAUACGCGCACAUACAUGCACACACUAAGCCUAAGCCUAACCAUAAAUAUAUAUAUAUACAAACAUGCAUACAUGCAUACAUGCAUGUAUGCAUCCAUAUGUGUCUGUGUGUAAAUUUAUAUUUAAUUACUUAUAGAGAAACAGAAAUAUACAAAAAAUGUAUGUAUAUCUCCAAAUUGAGACUAUAGAGAGGAAAUGCAUUAACAUACACAUAUUUACAAAUAUACAUACAUUGCGUACAUCUCCAUACAUACAUCGUAUAAACAAAUGCGUGCACAUACAUAUAUACUUAUGCACGCAUGCAUCACUCACCACCUCACUUUAUAUAUACAUGUCUAUAUACCCACAGACACACACGCGAAAGCGAGAAAGUAGGUGCAUAUGUACGAAUACAUGCUUAUAAUACGCAUAUUAUAUACACACACGCAAUACACCCGUAUAUAUAUA